CUCGAAGCCCGCACCGAACCGCGCCGCCGCCAGCGAGGGGCUCCGGCCCCGAUUCCUUUUCGGGGCGGCGCGGCGGGCGAGGCCCCCGGCCGCGCUGCGGAUGAAGCGCCCGCCCCCGCCGCCCCCGGCGCGGUAAGAUGGCGGCCGCGGCUCAGGCGCUGAGCGGCGCGGGGCUGCUCCUGGCCGCCGCCGCCCUGGCGCUGCUGGCCGUGGCCAUCGGCACCGACUCCUGGUACGAGACGGACGCGAGGCGGCACCGCGAGCGCUGCCGCGGCUUCGGCCACAAGCGCAGCGACCCGCCCGGUUCCAUGUCGGCGCCCGGCUCGCACCUGCCGCUCCGCGCUCGGCCCCCGCGGGCUCUGCUGCCCGGCAGGCCCCCGGUCCCCGCCCCGGCUGCCGCCGCCGCCGCCGCGCUGGACUCGCACUGCGGCCGCCGCUUCAACUCCACCGUCUCGGGGCUCUGGAGGCGCUGCCACCGCGCGGGCUACGAGCCGGACAGCGAGGAGCUCAUCCGGAAAGGAGUUAUUCAGCGCUGCACUGCUGUAAAGUAUCACUACACCUCGAGCUCUCUGCCACGCAACUUACCCAUCAACAUCACCAACACCAUCCGGCAGGAUGAGUGGCAUGCUCUCCAUCUUCGGAGGAUGACAGCUGGCUUCAUUGGCAUGGCAGUCUCCAUCAUCCUGUUUGGGUGGAUCAUUGGUGUGCUGGGGUGCUGCAAACAGCAGGAGCUCAUGCAGUACGUGGCUGGACUGCUCUUCCUAAUGGGAGGUACCUGUUGCAUCAUCUCUCUCUGCACGUGCGUAGCUGGGAUCAAUUUUGAGUUGUCACGCUACCCUCGCUACGUCUACGGGCUGCCAGAGGACAUCAGUCACGGCUAUGGCUGGUCCAUGUUCUGUGCCUGGGGAGGCCUGGGCCUCACCCUGCUGGCUGGGUUCCUCUGCACUUUGGCUCCGUCCCUCAACACUUCGCGGGCAUCCGUACAAAAACCCAGACAAGAGAACGGGGCUGUGUGACCUCAGCGGGGGCGAGGAGAGACUCUGGAAAGCGCAGCCUGGGCAGAGCUGUGGGUUAACACCAGAAGAGGCGGCGUGUCGGUGUGAGGAGAGGUGCCAUAGCUGUGGAAAUACCGGCCUGGGGGCUGCUGCUACAGACUCCAGCCAUGGAUAUUGCAAGUAACUCCAGGUUUGAAUUAUUGCCGAUUUGCUCAUUGAUGGUUUAAGGGGGGACAGUUCUGUUUUGUUUUUCUUCUGUUUACAAGGGAUUAAGUCCAAGGCUGUGUCUUCUUUUGUGUUGUUUUUUGAACUGUACCUCCAUGGUCCUGUUACUGUCCAGUUGUAAGGGAUGUUUACGCACCAACUCUAUUGCUGCAGGUCUGUGUAAUGCAGACCCAAAUUAGGAAGAGAAGCUAUGUGAAGUUGGCUUGAACACUUUUGCAACAGACUGGUCCAGUGUUGGCUCAGGCCCUUAUUUCCCAAAAGAACCGUGAUCUAAAGCCGGGGUUUAGGCCAAAGAAUUAGCCCAUCAUUAGUAUUAAUUCAUCUAAAGCAGAAAUCUGUGAUAUUCUAUGCUGUAGUAUCAGUUUUUACUCACCACUAAAGCUGUUUCCAAAAGGAGCCUGGUGUAACUGAGCAGCAAGACUGAAAAAUCUCUUCCUGGCUUUAGGAAAAGGCGGGUAAGUUUUUUCUUCAGCUUCUUGCACAGGUCAGGUUACUCAUUUGGCUAACAAACAACACCUUGUUUCAAUGAAGAGAUGCAUGUAACAUGCAGCCUAUAACUGUCCUAGUAGAGGCCAGGAAAAAGUACGAUAAAGCUGCUGGGAUCAGCCUUCUUCACCCAAGUAACUUGUGGGUACAGUUCCCAUUCUGUAAAAGGGGAUGAGUUAUUCUCCCUGAGCUCAAACAGCAGUACUGCUAGUAUCCCAGAAUGUACAGCCCCCUCUAAUAUUCAUGUCCAAAGGAACUGCAGUGUGUUUUCCUCAGGAACGUGUGGCUUCUGCUCACUUCACCACUCACCCCUUUACAAUGCCAAACACCCCGAGCACAGCACAGCAAGAACACACGUGCUCUGCUGGAACAAGUUCCCUCUCUAGAGUGAGCAGCAGGGAUCUUGGAACCAGUGCAAGUACUAUGGCUAACUCAGGAACACCCGCCAAAGUACUCUGGGUGCAUUUUUCUUUCAUUCAUCUAUUCUUUCUUCCCUCACAUCCCCCGCCCCUCUCCCAAGUGUCCAAAAACUGCACAGGCAAGGAUGAGAUGGCCAGCAUUUGGAGAUGUUUACAUUGUAUUUCAAAUACAAUACAGUGGCAUGUAAGAUACUUAAUGCUAAAGUCAGUGUAUUUAUGAAAAGUGUAAUUUUUAAAUGGAAGUUGUAAUUCUCAACUGGCAUUAAAACUACUGAAAGACUU